AUGUCCAAAAACGAUUCCAAGAAUCCACCACAAGUACCCAAUGGAUGGGUCGCCAAAUUUGACGAAGAGUAUUCUACAUGGUAUUACGUCGACAUGAAGACAAAGAAAUCCCAAUCGGAGGCUCCAGCUGGAACAAGAUUCGAUAGCAAACCUUCUGGUGAUGAUGUUCCACCACCAGCCUACAGCCCAACAGAUUCAAAAUCGAGGUCCAAUGGACCAAGCGGUAAUCAGUCACGUCCAGCAGCUUCAAAUCCAAACACCCAAAGAGGUUACAACCAAGGACCUCCAUCUGGUCAAAACUACCAACAGGGCCCUCCACUGGGACAAUAUUAUCAACAAGGACCACCACAAGGACAAUAUUAUCAACAAGGCCCACCACCAGGACAAUACUACCAACAAGGCCCACCACCAGGACAAUAUUAUCAACAAGGCCCACCACCAGGACAAUAUUAUCAGCAAGGCCCACCACCAGGACAAUAUUAUCAACAACAACCACAGAAACAAAGUCGAUUUGGUGGUGGUGGUGCUGGGAACAUGGCAUUAGGUGUUGGUGGUGGUUUGUUGGGAGGUAUGCUAUUAGGAAAUGCUAUCAAUAGUUGGGAAGAUCAUGAGAGAAUGGAGGGUUAUGAAGAUGGUUAUCAAGAUGGUUACGAUAAUGGUGGCGAUUUUGAUGGCGGUGAUUUUGGUGGUGAUUUUUAG